CAUAAUUUGUAGUAACGUCAGUUUAGAAGGCCAAUGUAAUAAGUACUUUUAAUAAUUCAUCUUCUGUCAUAACAAUUUGCCCUUUGUCUGGAUAGAAUUCGUUUAUGGCCAAUUGAUUGAAAGGGAAGACAAGCAAGUAACUGGUCUUCAUCAAAAUGAUUUCUGAACCACUCUACCAAACCCAGUUGAUCCAACGAGAUCUGCUUAAGUCAUCGAAGAACUAUAACGUCCACAGUGAUGUCAGCAAGACCUUCUACCAAACAGUCAGGGAUAAGAUGGAGAGGUACCUGGUUCUGUUUCUGGAGACUUCUUCCAUACACGGUCUGAAUCAUCUGGUUGCAAUGAGGAGACAUCCGUUUGAAAUUCUCCUGUGGCUGACCACGGUGGGUCUGUCCGUGUUCGGAGCAGUAUACCUCUCUCGCAUGACCUGGCUGCGGUACCAGUCGUCCCCCACCGUUGUGUCCAUGGACCGAGACAUGUUCGCGUGGAACACCACCUUCCCGUGCGUCACCAUCUGUCCGAACAAAAAGCUGGACAAGAAGAAAUUGGCGGCUUAUAUUCAAUCCUCUCCGGAACCAGAUAAGGUGAAACUGGAGGCUUUCAUCAGAGCUCUUGCCAACGCUACCUACGAGAACUUUGACACCAUACCAGAGUAUGAUGUCAUCGACCCUAACGACUACAUGGGCCUGCUCCUCAACCUCUCCGGGACUUUCAAACCGAUUCUUACUAUUGGAGCCUCCGGUAUCAGCCUGCAUAUUAUACCAACUAUCACCGAGAUGGGGUUGUGUUAUGGUGUUAAUUCUAAAGUUGCUAUCUAUAAUUCUCCUUCUUACAGAGCAGCAAAUAGAUGGGACAUUGUGCACUCAAACAACAACACAUUUUUCGUUCACCCUCUGGACGGAGAAGUCUUCGCUCAAGUUAUAAAUUUAUCGACUUCAUAUGACGCCUACAUCCACGGCCCGCUGGAAGUCCCAGACGUGUCGACCAAACACCAGCACUCCGAAGAGGACUACUACAUGAAGCUGUACGUCACGGCUCUCACUGUAUACACCGCGCCUGAAGCAGCCAAAUUAAGUGUGGCCCAAAGACGCUGCCGGUUUCUUCACGAGAAUAACCUGAGGCAUAAUGCUGUUUACACAUACACCAUGUGCAGGAUGGAGUGCCGCAUCCGACUCUGUCUCAAAUACUGCAAGUGUAUCCCUCACUUUUAUAGGAAAAUAGGCGAUGAGAAAGUCUGCGACGUCAAAGGAUUACACUGCUUAGCAAAAUAUACAGAUGAGCUAUAUCAACUGCAAAUCAAGGAAGGAACAAAGACUAAGAGAUUGAACUGUGGCUGCUAUCCCAUUUGUGACGAUGUCAACUAUGUUAUUCAAUCUAACGUGCUGCAAGAAUGGUUUUUGGGUACGAAUCUACAAUGGGGUAUCGUGACGUACCCUAGAUUGCGGUACCGGAGAGACAUCAUUUUCGGUUUUACUGACGUAUUAGUGGCUGUGGGCGGUAUGGCCGGCUUGUUCUUGGGGUGCAGCGUGCUCAGUUUUAUGGAGAUCGUCUACUUCUUGACUUUACGUCUUCUAUGCUACGCUCAUGCUAACAGAAGGAAAUAAAAUGCAGUUCAACUUUUAUAUUGAUGCACACAGAACUAUUGAAAAACCUAUCUAAAGUUGUUGUCAUCAUCUCCAUCUAAUUAGAAAAGAUGUGACGGCUUCAAAACGGCUGAACGCACAUCAUCAUCAAAUCAAGCAAAGUUGAUCAUAAUUGGUUCAGCCAUUUGGCUGCUAUGAUACCACGAACAGACAUACAUACAGAUACACAGACAUGUUAAACACCCCUCCUGUCGUCGGGGGUUAAAAACUAAGUUACAUUAUGAAGCAUGUCUGUACAUUUAAAUUUCCCUAAUAAUUUUGCCUCCUUACCAAAAAUUGUUCGGCCACGCGAAUGAAGUCGCGGGCAUCAGCAAGAGUUACAUAAAUACAUUAUAUACGAGUUAAAUAUGAAAAAAGAGAUAGUCAAGUUAAAUCAUCAUUUACUACUUGUAAGGGUAAAGGUCAGUCAAAAGUUACGUUAAUCUUAUAUUGGAUAAAGUUAUGGGACGAUUUUGUCAAUAACUUUAGACUAGCACCAUUAUUAAUAGGUGUUAAUAAAUGUGUGCAUAAACUA